CCACGCCCCACGGUGGGGGCAGCACCCUUUCUUCAGGUGGAGGCAAACGUACUAGUAUACAGUUGUAAUAAUGGAGUCUAUGCUAAACAAAUUGAAGAGCACAGUCACAAAAGUGACUGCAGAUGUCACUAGUGCAGUCAUGGGAAAUCCAGUUACCAGGGAAUUUGACGUUGGCCGACAUAUUGCUAGUGGUGGCAAUGGGCUUGCCUGGAAGAUUUUUAAUGGCACUAAAAAGUCUACAAAACAGGAAGUGGCAGUUUUUGUGUUUGAUAAAAAACUAAUGGACAAAUAUCAGAAAUUUGAGAAAGAUCAAAUAAUUGAUUCCUUAAAACGAGGAGUUCAGCAGCUAACAAGGCUUCGGCAUCCUCGACUGCUAACUGUACAACAUCCAUUAGAAGAAUCUCGGGACUGUUUGGCAUUUUGUACAGAACCAGUUUGUGCAAGUUUAGCUAAUGUACUUGGCAGUUGGGACAAUCUUCCUUCACCUGUACCCUCUGACAUUAAAGAAUACAAACUUUAUGAUGUGGAAACAAAAUACGGCUUGCUUCAGGUUUCUGAAGGCUUGUCAUUUCUACACAGCAGUGUAAAAAUGAUCCAUGGUAACCUUACUCCUGAAAACAUAAUUUUGAAUAAAAGUGGAGCGUGGAAAAUUAUGGGGUUUGAUUUCUGUAUUCAGUCUACAAAUCCAUCUGAGCAAGAGCCUAAAUUCUCUUGCAAAGAAUGGGACCCAAAUUUGCCAUCUCUGUGUCUUCCAAAUCCCCAGUAUUUGGCACCAGAAUACAUCCUUUCAGUGAGCUGCGAGACAGCCAGUGACAUGUACUCUCUAGGAGCAAUUACGUACGCUGUGUUUAAUAAUGGAAAGCCUAUUUUUGAGGUCAACAAGCAAGAUAUAUAUAAGAGUUUCAGUAGACAGUUGGAUCAGCUUAGUCACUUAGGUUCCAACACCCUACAGAACAUCCCAGACGAAGUCCGCGAGCACGUAAAGCUACUGUUAAAUGUGGCUCCCACAGUCAGGCCAGAUGCAGACCAAAUGACUAAGAUUCCCUUCUUUGAUGAUGUUGGGGCAGUGACACUACAAUACUUCGAUUCUUUAUUCCAAAGGGAUAAUCUUCAAAAGUCACAGUUUUUUAAAGGGCUGCCAAAGGUUUUACCAAAAUUACCUAAGCGUGUUAUAGUGCAGAGGAUUUUGCCAUUCUUGACCUCUGAAUUUGUAAAUCCAGACAUGGUACCUUUUGUUUUGCCUAAUGUUCUGCUCAUUGCGGAGGAGUGUACCAAAGAAGAAUAUAUAAAGUUAAUUCUACCUGAUCUCAGCCCUGUUUUUAAACAGCAAGAACCAGUCCAGAUUUUGUUGAUAUUUCUUCAAAAAAUGGAUUUGCUCCUAACCAAAACUCCUCCAGAUGAAAUAAAGAACAGUGUUCUACCAAUGGUUUAUAGAGCCUUAGAAGCACCUUCAAUUCAGAUACAGGAACUCUGCUUAAACAUAAUUCCUACGUUUGCUAACCUUAUAGACUAUCCAUCAAUGAAAAAUGCACUGAUACCAAGAAUUAAAAGUGCAUGUUUACAAACAUCAUCUCUUGCGGUUCGUGUAAAUUCCUUAGUCUGCUUGGGAAAGAUUUUGGAAUACUUGGAUAAGUGGUUUGUACUUGAUGACAUUCUGCCCUUUUUGCUACAAAUUCCUUCUAAGGAGCCUGCAGUCCUUAUGGGAAUCCUUGGUAUUUACAAAUGUACAUUUAGUCAUAAGAAACUGGGGAUUACAAAGGAGCAACUUGCAGGAAAGGUUCUGCCACAUCUGAUUCCUCUUAGCAUUGAGAACAAUCUUAAUCUCAAUCAGUUUAAUUCCUUCAUUUUAGUCAUAAAAGAGAUGCUAAAUAAAUUGGAAGCUGAGCAUAAGACGAAGCUUGAACAAAUUCAUAUUAUGCAAGAGCAGCAAAAAUCUUUGGAUAUAACAAACCAAAUGAGCAUAUCCGAAGAAACGAAAGCUAAUAAUACCGGCAAUCAGGAAAAUAAAAGUUACGUGAGUAAACACCUUGUCAAUCUGUCCAAUCUACAGACAGAUAUCUUAACUGCUGGAUCUGAUUGUAAAGAAAAUGGACUGUUGAAAAAUCAGCGAAAGAGUUCACUUACACUUGAAGAAAAGCAAAAAUUAGCAAAAGAACAAGAACAAGCACAAAAACUGAAAAGCCAACAACCACUUAAACCUCAGGCUCAUACAGUUAUUGCUCCAGUCAAACAGACCAAGGACUUGACAGAUACUUUGAUAGAUAACAUGGCAUCGUUGACCAGCCAAUCGCUCAACAGACCUAAAGUUCCUUCUUCAAGUAGCUUUUCUUCAGUUCCAUCUAUGGGUAUUGGAGUAGGGUUUUCAUCACCUGCUGAGAGCACUAAGAGAAAUGGACUAAAUGCUAAUGUAGGAUUCCAACCUUCAGGAUUCAGCAUGGGGGUUGGUACCACAAGCCAGAAUUUCUUCAGCAGUGCUGGAGUCACUGGAAUGGCCAAUAUGAAUAUGUUGCCUACAGGCAACAUGUCAUCUUACAGCACUAUGAGCACUACAGCUGCAGUUCCGCAGCCAGCACAGCAAAACAGGCAAGCAGAUAUGUCUGCUUUAGAUAGCCUAUUUGGGCCUCAGAAAUCCAAAAUUAGUAUGAAUCAGUUAUCACAACAAAAAACAAACCAGUGGCUUAAUCAAUUUGUACCUCCUCAGGGUGCCAGCAGUUCUCUUCCAGGAACGCAGAUGAAUGUAAUAGGACAGCCUGGAUUUGGUUUACAGGGAAAUCCUUUCUUUAAUCCUCAGAACUUUUCGCAGCCUACAAACAACAUGAGAAGCAGCAGCUCAGCAAGUAAUGAUUUAAAAGACCUCUUUGGAUAA